CAUUUCUUCCUAGUGCAUGAACAGGUAGAGCAUCUGCGGAGUGCUCUCGAGAGGAGGAGAGAGACAAGUCAAAAAAGGAGUAAUCAUGCCUAUGUUUGUGGUCAACACCAACGUGGACAAAAGCGAUGUCCCGGCGGCUCUGUUGUCCGAGGCCACCGAGGAGCUGGCCAAAGCGAUGGGCAAACCUGCACAGUACAUUGCUGUGCAUAUCAACUCUGACCAAAUGAUGAUGUUUGGAGGAAAGGGGGACCCCUGCGCUCUCUGCUCCCUGCACAGUAUUGGCAAGAUCAGCGGUGCUCACAACAAGCAGUACUCCAAACUCCUGUGUGGACUGCUCAACAAACACCUUGGCAUCUCUCCUGACAGGAUCUACAUUAACUUUGUAGACAUGGAAGCAGCAAAUGUGGGCUGGAACAACACCACCUUUGGCUGAGAUAGAAGAUCAUUCCAGUGUUUUCCUUUAUGGACAAGUGUAGUUAAAACUGUAAAAAUUAAGAUGCGAAGACACCAGGUGGUUCAAUGGCUAAUAUACUGUACGUCUAUCUUAAAAGCACUUAGCUGGACCCUGUAGCUUGCACUGAUCCCUUUCCAUUAAAAUCCAAUAAAGCAAAACCUGCAGAUCAUAAA